AUGAUAUGGCGCUGCAGUGCUGGUGCUGAAUUGUUCUCUCUGAUGGCUCUAUGGGAGUGGAUAGCACUGAGUCUUCAUUGCUGGGUUUUAGCAGUUGCUGCUGUUUCGGAUCAGCAUGCCACAAGCCCCUUCGACUGGCUCCUCUCUGAUAAGGGACCCUUCCAUCGCUCACAGGAAUACACAGAUUUUGUGGACAGAAGUCGACAGGGAUUUAGCACAAGAUACAAGAUUUACAGAGAAUUUGGCCGCUGGAAAGUAAACAACCUCGCUGUUGAAAGAAGAAAUUUCCUUGGCUCCCCACUGCCACUUGCCCCUGAAUUCUUCCGUAACAUAAGGCUACUCGGACGCCGCCCAACCCUUCAACAGAUCACAGAAAACCUUAUAAAGAAAUAUGGGACACAUUUCCUACUAUCAGCUACCUUGGGAGGAGAGGAGUCACUCACAAUUUUUGUGGACAAACGGAAGCUGAGCAAGAGGUCAGAAGGCAGUGAUCCCAGCACCAACAGCUCCGCGGUGACCCUGGAGACCCUGCACCAGCUGGCAGCCUCCUACUUCAUCGACAGGGACAGCACGCUGCGCAGGCUCCACCACAUCCAGAUUGCCUCCACUGCCAUCAAGGUAACAGAAACGCGGACUGGCCCCCUUGGCUGCAGUAACUAUGACAACCUAGAUUCUGUCAGCUCUGUUCUGGUUCAGAGUCCUGAAAAUAAGAUUCAGUUGCAAGGUCUUCAAGUUAUCCUGCCUGAGUAUUUGCAAGAACAUUUUGUCCAGGCAGCUCUGAGCUAUAUUGCCUGCAAUUCGGAGGGGGAGUUCAUCUGCAAGGAUAAUGACUGCUGGUGUCAGUGUGGUCCCAAAUUCCCAGAGUGCAACUGUCCCUACAUGGACAUUCAAGCCAUGGAAGAAAAUCUGCUCCGUAUAAGUGAGACUUGGAAUGCAUACAACAGUGAAUUUGAAGAAUCUGGUGAGAUGUUUUAUAAAAUUUUUGCCAGUUUGGCUGAACCUCCUGAAGUUCAGCAAGGAGAAGCUGAAAGUCGUGCACCUGGGGACUCUUGCACCAGGCACCAGGACAUCCAGCUGGAAAGCAGUGUGUCAGAAAAGGACCUGGGGGUCCUGGUGAACACCAUGUUGACCAUGAGCCAGCAAUGUGUCCUUGCAGUAAAGAAGGCUGAUGAUAUCCUGGGCUGCAUUAGGAGCUUUGUUUUCACUGACUCAGAAGAACGAGAGAACGCACGGGUCGAAGGGCCCUUGCCAGCUCAUUGUACGCGCUCCACAGGAGGUGUGAUCGCUCAGGUUGUUCAGGUAGCACAGUCUGGCUCUCUGUUGACCAGAAAAGACCGUUUGCGAUGCAAA